GCCGCCUUGCCCAGUGGGAAAUGUAGUUCCUCGGGGAGCGACCCUGCCACUAACACUACCUCUCAGGCCAAGGAACUGAAAUAAGGCGAGCGAACCGGCAAGCACUCGAGUACCUGCGCCUGACCGGUCACCGGAAGAGCAACCUGGCUCGGGAGGGCCUUGGAGACGCGCCUGGGUUAGGGGUCUGGCGCGACUGAAACUCGCAGUUUAGGUCUCAGCCGGCGGGAAGGUAAACCGGGAGGAAGGCGGCGGAGAAGGACGCGACCACAGACCAGCAUGGAGCAGGGAGUGGCCAACGGAAAGGGUUGGAAAGAGGCUAUUUUAUAAAUGUCACGUCAUGCUUUUGCCAAGUUUCCGAUUACAGACUGACAUUCCUACAUGAGCAUCUCCCUAUUAAAAUGUCCUUGCCUCUUACAGAGGAGCAGAGGAAAAAAAUUGAAGCAAAUCGGCAGAAGGCUCUGGCCCGAAGAGCUGAGAAACUGUUAGCAGAACAGCAUCAGAAACCUGCCCAGUCCAAGCAGGGCCCAUCCCAAAACCUCCCCCGAGAUCCUUCUAAGUCAGGGAGCCAUGGCAUCUUUUUCAAACAACAAAAUCCCAGCAGUUCAUUUCAUGGUGACCAGAGACCUAAAAAUCCCCACAGUUUUCCACCGAACACCUCUGAGCAGGCGAAGGGGAUGUGGCAGAAGCCAGAAGAGAUGCCCACAGCCUGCCCAAGCCACCACCCACCAAAUCAAGUGACUGUCGCUGGGAUCUCCCCACCCCUGGCAAACAGUCCUCCAGGGGUCCCCAGCCAACAGCUCUGGGGUUGUGAGUUAGGUCAAGGUCAUCCUCAGGCUUCACACGAGACCCAGUCAACACCCUUUACUAACAGAACUCACGAGCCUUUGGCCAAAGCAAAGAAUUUCCAGGAGACAGCAGCCUCUUCCUCUGGACAGCCCCCUAGGGAUCCUGAAUUAGAGACCAGGAUGGCGAGACCCUCCACCUCUGGGCAGAACGUUUCGGGGAGCGUGACGCCCAGAACAGAAGGAAGACUGCAACAGAAAGCAGGGACCCCGCCGCACAGAGUGGCAGGCUCCCAGCAGGGAAGGUGCAUCCGGAACGGAGAGCGAUUCCAGGUGAAGAUUGGGUACAACGAGGCGCUCAUCGCAGUGUUUAAGAGUCUGCCCAGCAGAAGUUACGAUCCUGCCACCAAGACGUGGAACUUCAGCAUGACCGACUAUGGUCCCCUAAUGAAAGCAGCCCAGCGCCUCCCGGGGAUCACCCUGCAGCCUUUGGAAGGGGCUGAGGGCCACGUGGAGUCAGCCUCCACCAGCAGUGGCAUUAUAGCCAAGACCGGCCUUCCUGCAGCUCCCUCCCUGGCCUUUGUCAAAGGGCAGUGCGUGCUCAUCUCCCGGGCCCGCUUCGAGGCAGACAUCGGCUAUUCCGAAGACCUGAUUGCGCUGUUUAAACAGAUGGAUUCCAGAAAAUACGAUAUCAAGACUCGGAAGUGGAGCUUUCUCCUGGAGGAAUACAAUAAACUCAUGGAAAGAGUGCGCUGCCUUCCACAAGUUCAACUGGAUCCUCUGCCCAAGACCCUCACCCUGGCUUUCGCUGCUCAGCUCCAGAAGACGUCUCUCUCUCCCGUGGCAGAUGUCCCCGAGGCAGACCUGUCCAGGGUGGAUUCCAAGCUCGUGUCUAGCCUGCUUCCCUUUCAGAGAGCUGGAGUCAAUUUCGCUGUAGCACAAAGAGGCCGCCUGCUGCUUGCCGACGACAUGGGCCUGGGGAAGACCAUCCAAGCCAUCUGCAUAGCGGCCUAUUACCGGAAGGAGUGGCCGCUGCUCGUGGUGGUACCGUCAUCCGUGCGCUUCACCUGGGAGCAGGCCUUCCGUCGGUGGCUGCCAUCUCUGAACCCAGUCGACAUCAAUGUCGUGGUGACCGGGAAGGACCGCCUGUCAGAUGGCUUGGUCAACAUUGUCAGUUUUGAUCUUCUGAGCAAGUUAGAAAAGCAGCUAAAACCCCCUUUUAAAGUUGUCAUCAUUGGGCUCACGAUGGAGCCUGUGGACCCUGGACAGCCCAGAACUCCGGGAACUACAGCCUGGGCAGCACGGGCCUGCGUCUUCACCUGCUGCUCUCUUGUCAGCAUGACCCGGGAUGAAUCCCACUUCCUCAAAAACAUUAAGACUGCCCGCUGUCGCGCAGCUGUGCCGCUCCUCAAGGUUGCCAAGAGGGUGAUCUUACUGUCGGGCACGCCAGCCAUGUCCCGGCCAGCAGAGCUGUACACGCAGAUCCUCGCCGUCAAGCCGACAUUCUUCCCUCAGUUCCAUGCCUUUGGACUUCGCUACUGUGGGGCCAAGCGGCAGCCCUGGGGAUGGGACUACUCCGGCUCCUCCAACCUGGGGGAGCUGAAGCUCCUGCUGGAGGAGGCGGUCAUGCUGCGACGCCUCAAGGGCGACGUCCUCUCCCAGCUCCCAGCCAAGCAGCGCAAGAUGGUGGUGGUCGCCCCGGGCCAGAUCAGUGCCAGGACCAGAGCCGCCCUGGACGCCGCCGCCAAGGAGAUGACCACCAAGGACAAAACUAAGCAGCAGCAAAAAGAAGCCCUCAUUCUCUUCUUCAACAGAACUGCUGAAGCUAAAAUCCCAUCUGUCAUCGAAUAUAUCCUGGACCUGCUGGAAAGUGGACGAGAGAAGUUUCUUGUAUUUGCACACCAUAAGGUGGUUCUAGAUGCAAUUACUAAGGAGCUUGAGAGGAAGCGCGUGCAGCACAUCCGUAUCGACGGCUCCACCUCCUCAGCCGACCGCGAGGACCUCUGCCAGCAGUUCCAGUUGUCCCCGGGCCCCGCCGUGGCCGUGCUGUCCAUCACCGCCGCCAACAUGGGCCUCACCUUCUCCUCGGCUGACCUGGUGGUGUUCGGGGAGCUGUUUUGGAACCCAGGGGUGCUGAUGCAGGCUGAGGACCGGGUGCACCGCAUCGGACAGUUGAGCUCCGUGAGCAUCCACUACCUGGUGGCAAGAGGCACGGCCGAUGACUACCUCUGGCCCCUGAUUCAAGAGAAGAUUAAAGUUCUGGGUGAAGCUGGGCUCUCUGAGACCAAUUUUUCAGAAAUGACAGAAGCCACAGAUUACUUCUACAAGGACUCAAAGCAGCAGAAGAUCUACGACCUAUUCCAGAAGUCCUUUGAGGAAGACGGAAGCGAUAUGGAGCUCCUGGAGGCAGCAGAGUCCUUUGAUCCAGGUUCCCAGGACACGGGAGACACGCUGGAUGAAAGCAAAUUGACGGGCAGCCCAGUGAAGAAGAAGAGAUUUGAAUUUUUUGAUAACUGGGACAGCUUUACCUCUCCUCUAUAAGAGGAGGGGGAAAAGCAUUAAAAAAAAAAAAUCAUGGCAUUUAUUAAAAUAACUUAAGGCAUUUUUUUUUUUUGAAGCAUAUUGUCCUUACCUCAGUGUUGGUCUCUGUCUCCAAGCCCAGUGGGUUACCAGGCCAAGUGUCAGCAUUUCCUUUCAUUAUGUGUGGGUUUGCCUGGGUCUUAAUUAACCUUAGCUUGACCUACCAAGAAACAGAAAGUAGGUCGUAGUAGUAGUGAAUCAUGUUCUUUAAUUAACGAGGUGCUUCCUCCACAGCCCCUGAAAUCUAGAUUUGUUUUAAAUGUAUUGAUUCAGCAAAUAUUUAUAGAGCACUUAAUAUGUGCCAGAGCCCUGUCAUAGGUGCUGGCAGCAGGUCACUGAACAAAGAAGAAAAAAGUACACGCUUUUGCCAAGGUUAUCAUAUUAACAGGAGAGGCAGUAUUUUUCUAUGAAGAAAGGUAAAGUAAGCUAAGCGUGUAGAGCAGGGGUUGACAAGCUUUUUCUAGAAAUAGCCAGAGAGUAAUUAAUUUUGCCUUUAUGGGUCAGGAUGUUUGUGUUGGAGCCACUCAGCUGUGCUGCUUGUGGUGCCGAAUCAGCCACAGACAAUCCGGAAACAAGCGAGUAUGGCUCUUUUCCAAUAAAGCUCCGUUCCAGACACUGAAUUUUGAACUUCAUAUAAUUUUCAUAUGUCAUGAAUUACUAUUCUUCUGUUUUCAACCAUUUAAAAAUAUAAAAACUGGACUUGGCUCACAGGCCCUACAGAAACAGGCAGUGAGCAGAAUUUAGACCACAGACCAUAGUUUGCCAACCCCUGGUGUAGAGGAACACCGUCCAAUGGAAACAAGACAGAGGGCACAUAUGUGAUUUUAAUUUUCUAAAGAGUAUUUUUAAAAACAAAGAAGAGCCAACUUAGUAACCCAGUACAGUCAAGGUACUGUCACUUCAACAUAAUCACUAUUAAAAAAAUUAAUAAACUUCUUUUUUUUUUUUUGGC